UCACAUUUUCCGAAAUUUCCUUCUUUCUCCCUGUAACUGCCAUCAUGAACUGAAGCUGAACAUUAAAAACGAAUUCUCCCUCCCCCUCUCUCUUUCUCUCUCUCUCUCUAGAAAUGGCGUUGCUAUGGCGAGUGAUUGAUUUGAUAAAGGAUUUAUGGAGAGCAAUAUUUUUCAUUUGUUCGAUUGAAUUCUGGAGAAUGGCGUUGCUAUGGACAUUUUCUGUUGCAUAUUCACACUUUCAAUUGUUAAAGGAUUCGCUAUUUUCUCAGAAAAUUGUACCGUAUCCAAGGUCUUCACCUUCCACUUUUCCUAAUAGACCUGUUUGUGUCAUCACCGGUGCUACAUCUGGUCUUGGAUUAGCAACUGCAUGCAAGCUUUCCAAGGAAGGUUAUGUUGUUGUCAUUGUUGGAAGAUCGGAGCAAUUGUUGUCAGAGACCAUAACAAAGAUCAAAGGUUGGCAUGGGGAUGCUCGACUCAAAGCUUUUCAGGCUGACCUUUCAUCGAUUGAGUCGAUUAUAAAAUUCAAAAAAUCUCUGCGGAAGUGGCUUUUGGAUUCCGAUUUGCACUGCUCGAUACAAAUACUAAUAAACAAUGCUGGAAUACUUGCUACAUCUCCUAGAGCCACAGCUGAGGGCUUCGAUCAGAUGAUCGGCACAAAUUAUAUCAGUGCGUUUGUUUUGACCAAGCUUCUGUUACCACUUCUUGAAAGCAGUCCUGUAUCUUCCAAAAUUGUGAAUGUAGCAUCCUUUACUCACCGAGCUGUUACUGAUAUGCAGGUUGAUGAGGUAACUGUAUCUGGGAAGAGAUUUUUAAGUUCAAAACGAUAUCCAUAUGCUCAGAUAUAUGAGUAUUCAAAAAUAUGCUUACUUCUCUUCUCAUUUGAGCUCCACCGACAGCUUUGCCAAAUGGGUAAAUCUCAUCAGAUAUUUGUCAAUGUUGCAGAUCCUGGAGUUGUAGAAACAAACAUUAUGCGAGAUUUUCCAGCAAGCCUAUCUUGGUUGGCAUUCUUUGUACUGAAACGCCUACGCCUAUUGCAAUCUCCUGAGAGCGGGAAAGAGGCAAUUAUCGAUGCUGCUCUUGCUCCACCUGUGAGUACUCUUUUAGUGGUCUUUGUUAAUAACAUUUUACAUUCUUAUUGCAUGCAUUGAUGUUUCAAAAUGACCAAAGGUCUCCUUCUGCUUAACCUUAUUUUUUUGGUGAGUUCCUAAUUAAACCUUUUGUUCAGGUUACAUUCAUUUUCAGUCUGGUUAUAGUCUUUCCCUAAUUUAUCUUGCGGCGAAAUUUAUAUUUUCUUUGUAUUGUACAUGACCAAACCAUCUAAGCUGACUUCUCCUCAUUUCCACCUAAGUAAUGAUUAUCAGAACUAAUUGGAGGCAUAAAAAAGUCAUCUUAUAUUGAUUACCCCGUUUCUUAUAAAUGAAUUUCCAAUAUACCCUCUACCAUCCUUUUGUUUUCUCCAUUUAUCUUCUAGACUGCAUAAAAAAUACAAAACAUUAGGGGUACCAAUCCCCUUAAACCUUCCCUAACAUCUGGAGUCUUCAAUUUUCACAUCUUCAGCAGAACCUAGGCACUU